UUAAAAUUAAAGUGCAAUUGUCGUUAUCAUGCAUCAGUAAAUUUAUUAGGGCACUUGUCUCGGUACACAUCAGCAAAGUGUGUUUUGUUCCUUCCUGGCAAUAACCAUAAUAACCCGCGAUAAGGAAAAUGAUCAAAUUCCGAAUGUACAAACAAAGCAAACAUCAUUACGCGCCGAGAAAAUUUUUCGUGAUUUCAGAUCACAAGAUGCCACUGAAGAAUAUAUUCGUAAUUUUCCGCCUCGUUAUUUUUGCCAUCAGUCUCUCUCAAAAUAAGGCCCAGAACGAAAUUCUCCGCCAGUACAUAAGCGAAAUAACAUCAACAAAUCAACAAAGAACACUCGUAUUAAUCUACAAUAACGUGGGCACAUUUCGCGAUUUUUCCUCGCAUUUCUACGGCCUGGCCCUGCCUGUGUACAACGUUUAUCUGGGAGAAUUGCGCAAAUUCAACGGCAAAUACGGCGAGAAAUACGACAUCGCCGUUACGUACGAAGAGAGUAAGUUAUACUUUGUGGUUCUGAACGAUUUGAAACAGCUUUACACCGCCUUGCCUUUGAUACGCAAAAUCUACUUCUGGCGAGACCGCGACCGAGUCGUUGUUUUGAUUAAUGAAAAAUUCCGGGAGCAGGAAGCGAAAGCGACUUUUCGCCACUGCUUCCAGUUUUACAUAAUUAACAUCGUCUUCGUGUUCGUGAAAGAUCGCAUCGAACCCUUCACUUAUAAUCCCUUCAGUGGCCGUUUGGCCACACCGGGGCGUUUCUUCCCGGACAAAUUCCGGGACCUGUUUGGCUACAACUUGAAGAUUUCCAUGUUCCCGAGCGUUGUCAACACUUUCAGCAAUAAGACGUAUCACGGGCGUGACGGUAAGAUGUCACUUACCAUCGCACAUCACAUUAACGCCACUUACACCUACCUGCGCCCCCGGGCCACGCCGCUGGCCCCGGUCUUGAACCAGUACGACGACGUGGCGGAACGAGUGGCGGAGGUGGGUUUCAACACCCGCUAUGUAAAGUUCAAUUUUCGGAAUCUGAUCGAGAAAACCUACCCUCAUGACCGGGACGACCUGGCGUGUUUGAUACCGCAGGAGUACGUGCAAAAGUUCGGCCUGCUCCCGGCCGGCGUCUGGGGCUUGUCAGUGGCGGCGUCUGCGGUCUUUUUCUGCUAUGUUCUGGUGGCGAACCGGCGCUUCGACGUGGUUAACGUCCUAAUGACGAUUCUGCUGCUUUUGUUCAACAAGCCGGUCAAAGAAAGCCGAAAUUUCAAUUUCCGGCUGGCUUUAAUUUCCUACUUGACAUUCAGCGCUUUCCUCAACACUUUGAUAGUUUGUCGACUGGCUAGCAUUGUAACUGCGCCGAAAUACCUCGCCGGGAUUGAGACCGUGAAAGAGUUAGCCGGGACCGAGCACCGGAUCCUCACCAUCGACAGAUUCCAAGAGCUGUUAAACGCCUCUUUAGUCCCACCGCUGCGUGCGAAAAUUCUGCCGCGGCUCACUAUCAUUAAAGAGGAGCAAUAUUUGAGCGAGAUAAACAAACACAGGAAGAUCGCGUUUAUAUGCAAAGACCAUUUGGCAAAUUACGCCCAAAUUCAAAAAGAGAAUUAUCCUAAUGGCAUUCAGUUCUAUCGCGUUAUGAAAGAAAGGAUUUUGCCAGCCCUCAGCUGUUACAUUGUUAGUUACGGCUCGCCGUUUUUAACCAGAUUUGACAGCUUAAUUCAGAGAAUUGUCGAAUCGGGAAUACACGAUUAUUGGAAAACGAAAACUUGGGAGAAAUUGGGAAUUCAUCAUCAAUUUCGAACUAAUCAGGAUAAUUACAAAGGGAGGGUCGCCGAGGCUAGCCUCCAAAUUGCCCAAAAAGUCCUCCUCUACGGCCUGGGGAGCGCCGCUCUUGCCUUUCUCCUGGAACUACAGUCGGGGGCCGAAGCCUCCAAGCGCCUGAUUUGCUACAUCAGUGUAAUUUUUAAAAAAGUAAUAAUUUCUAGAAUCAAAUUAUUUCGAAAUAAGAACGAAAAACACUGAGUGCGGAGGUGUUGCAUUUAUAAUGUCACUCGGUGUGUUUGCAAAUUAUUCCCCGUCAACAACUUUUACACAAAAACGUUGAUUCCUCCCUUCAGGAUAAGCCACCUUGACUAUAAAUGGGAAAGCUCCUUUGAAACGAGAAUGUGAACAUUGCUUGUUAUUUCAUUAUUAUUGAGUUCACGCACCAGGCAUUCAUCUUCAAAAUGCGUAUUCACAUUUCGGGAAAUUUAAUAAUUUCGAAGAAAAAAAUAAAGACAGUAAUGAGUACGUGUGAGUAAGUUUCGACCCCAAAAUCGCUAAACAAAUUAGUUCGGCAUUAUUUCACUACCUGCUAUUGUUUUAGGUGUAGUCAAAGCAACCAUAUCAAAGCUGAUCCGUAUCAAAUAGUUUUCACAACAUUACCACUCAGUCAUGAGAGAUAAACCAAGUACAAAGAUGAGUUGUAGUUGGAAAUUUCUAUGGCAAAAAACCAAUUUAAAUUCACCCAGCGUGGGGACUAUUUUAGUGCCCUAUCGGUACAUUUUGCACUGUUCUUCCCGGAUUCCCGCAGGGCUAUUAUUUCUCUAACUGCGAUUAAAAUUUCCUUAAUAAAAUAAAAGAAUGCACGACGAGAAUUAUUUCAGCCCGUGGUUUAAUCAAAAAAUUGCUUUGAAGUGAUGCAUAAUUUACAUUAAUUUCGUGAAUUUUUAGGAGUGCAUAUUAGUCCGCGUUAUCCCAAGUAUUUCUUAAGGUAUGCUCCCGCGGUAUUUGUUUAAUAUCAACAGUAAACUUCAAGUGAUUUUAAUCGUGGCCGAAAAAAGUAAUUUGCAAAAAUGUGUUUACUUUCAAUACAUUGAUAAAAAGAUAACCUGUUAUUGGGUUUAAUGUAAACAAAAUCGGUGUAAUUGCGUUUGAAAAAAAUAUAUUGGAAACGCGUCAAAAUGCGACUUUGCAAAAAACUAGUUUUCAAUUUAUAUCAUUUCAACUCUAAAUUUAAAAAACUUCAUUUGCACAAAUUAGCAGCGAAAAUAAUUCAGGUAAUAAUGCAAUAACACAGUAUUCUGUUGAACGAUUUUUGAUAAAAAAAUAUUAAUUGCUGUUUUCUUUGAAUGGUUUUAUUAUUAAUUAUUACCAAUUGCGUUACUAAUAGCAGUUGAAAAAUUACAUCAACAAAAACGCGAUAAUGACAAUAACAGGACAGCACACAGUAAUUUGUAACUCACAUGUUUAUUUAUAAUUCCGGAAAAUUUAUUUGCGUCAAAUCUAUUCAAAUGAAUCAUCUCAUGGCCGGUGUGGUCAGUCAAACAAUUACGGACGAUAUAGCAACAUUGUUUUAGUCGCUUUUAGUGCAAGGUCACAAUAAAAAUGAAAAAUUAUUUAAAUAAAGAUUUGAAAUUACUCAACUUCACAUAGUAAUGACUCACUUACCUCACUCACAUGGAGGCAAACAUGUUAACCUACGCAAUCCAGGUGUUUUUUACUUGAUGCCCAAGCACACAUUUUUGCCAAAUUAAAGAAAAACAAACGACUUUCACUAGCCCUUUUUCCAUUAAAAAUAACACUUUCCUAAAUUUUUGAAUUACAACGCAAAUAAAUUACUUCUGAUCGAAGCGUCGAUUUUUUAAGGAAGGACAAGUGUGAUCGAGAAAGUGGCAAUACAUAAUUAAUUUAGAAAGUUCCUUGACUCGUAUGCGGACACUUUAGCCAAAAUAUUAAAUAAUUUUCCACAUAACAGAACCUACACUUACGAGUAAAAAGGACACGUUUUUAAAUCCAAAAAAAUUCCAAAAUUCCAAAAAUAAAAAAAAAUUAAAAAAAUCGUAAAUAGACACCAGAAGUGUCAGAUCUUGUCCAACUCAAUUGGUUUGAAGUAAGUAAAACAAAGACGUGGCUAAAAUGAAAAAAUCAAAAAUGAAGCACUUUACUUGUUUUUUUU